GCUUCUUCUUCUGUCAACUCACAACUGCCAGUCAAACACAACUUCUACUUCCGACUGUACCGCCAUGGCUACCACCGGUCUCCAGGUUGAAUCCAUCCUCUUUCCACCUUCCGUCAAGCCUCCUGGCGCUUCCGCCACCUUUUUUCUCGGAGGCGCAGGUGUGAGAGGUUUGGAGAUCCAAGGCAAUUUCGUCAAGUUUACUGGUAUUGGUGUGUACUUGGAGGAUAAAGCUAUUUCUUCACUUGCCGUUAAGUGGAAAGGCAAAACUGCCCAGGAGUUAACGGAUUCCGUUGAGUUUUACAGGGAUAUCGUUACUGGUCCCUUUGAAAAAUUUGCUCAGGUGACAAUGAUCCUACCAUUAACAGGUAAGCAAUACGCUGAGAAGGUGUCGGAAAACUGUGUAGCGGUAUGGAAAGCACUCGGGAUAUAUACAGACGCAGAUGCCAAAACCAUUGACAAGUUUCUAGAGAUUUUCAGCGACCAAAACUUCCCACCAGGCUCCUCUAUUCUCUUUACAAUUUCACCUGCUGGAUCACUAACGAUAAGUUUCUCGAAAGAUGGAAGUAUCCCGGAAACUGGGAAUGCGGUGUUAGAGAGUGAUAAACUGGGAGAAGCAAUACUCGAGUCGAUGAUAGGGAAGCAUGGUGUUUCCCCGGCAGCCAAACAAAGUUUAGCAUCAAGGCUCUCGGAUCUCAUGACAAGCGAAGCGGCCACUUUAAGCGAAAAUGGCUUGUAGAUAAUUAUGUACUUAUGUUGUGUACUUGUGUGCUGGAUAUCUAGUAAAAAAUAAAUUUGGUCGAACCAUCUAAUUCCGCCAUAAACAUGGCAUGAGUUAAAGAAUAAAUAAAUAUGCAUGAUACUAUAUAAUUCCAGCAAAUUCUCAGUUGUAAUCGUAGAAUAUUUUGGGUUUCCGAUUAACGAAAAUGGUCAAUAGCCAGUUGUAAACUAGGCUUA